AUGGGCAUCUUACUUGUUAUUUAUGAAGAAGUUCUCCCUAAAAUUGUUGCGCUCAAUUACCCAGAAUCUCUUAGCAAGACGGUCUCUGUUUUUGUUGCCCCUAUUGUUUCACUUCUUUCACCCUUUACAAAAGCCAUUGAUCACUUUUCCCGCUGGACUCUUAAGCUUUUUGGUCUUCGCACAACCUCCAGUGCCGCAUUUUCUUCUACAACAGAUGAGCUUUUGGGUAUCAUUGAUCUCCAUGGAACAGCUGGCGGAGAAGCCGCUCAAGAACGCACCAUGCUGAAAAGUAUUCUAGACUUGGACGACGUUUGGGUUGAAGAAAUUAUGGUGCACCGCAAGGAAAUCUUCAUGAUUGAUGCGUCAUUAAAGGGGGACGAAAUCAUCCGACAAAUCUUAGAAAGUCCCUACACACGCAUCCCCUUAUGGCAAGGUACACCAGAAAAUAUUGUAGGGGUCCUACAUACCAAAGCUUUUUUACGUGAUGUUGCACGCCAUAAAGUCGAUGUUAAUAGCUUAAAUAUCCUCUCAUUGGCCUCUCCUCCCUGGUUUGUCCCAGAAUCGACAAACUUACUAGAACAAUUAUAUGCUUUCCAAAAGCGUCGCGAGCAUUUUGCCCUCGUCAUUGAUGAAUAUGGUGAUGUUAUAGGCAUGCUCACCUUAGAGGACAUUCUAGAAGAAAUUGUUGGAGACAUCUCUGAUGAAUUGGAUACUGUUUUAGCGGGUGUUCACAAAACUCGCGAUAAUGCCUACAUCAUUGAAGGAAAAACAACGCUACGUGACUUAAACCGUCAACUGAAUUGGAAUCUCCCAGAUGAUGACGCCGCAACACUUGCAGGGCUUGUGAUUCAUGAAACGCGUCAAAUUCCUCAGCCAGGCCAAACUUUUCAACUCUAUAAUUUUAAAGUCAAAGUCCUCAAACGUUCCGGUAAUCAAAUCACCCUUCUACGCGUUACUCCUGAAAAAGGAGAUUCUAUACAAAAAUAG